AUGUGUCUCCUCCUCCUCUGCGUGCUUGUGCUUCUACCCCUGGGGAGGGCCAGCUGGCACCUGGACGGCCGCCAGAACCAUAGCCCUGUCUCCCUCGUGCUCCUAGAAAGGAGUCGCAGAGAGCUCCCCAUGGCCAGCCUCGAGGACGCUGAGGACAAGCCAGACCUGUUCGUUGCAGUGCCGCACCUAGUAGGCACCAGUGGGACGGAGGAAGACCGGAGGCAGAGGGAGAAGAUGCUGUCCAGGUUUGGCAGAUUCUGGAAGAAGCCUGAGAGAGAUGCGGAUCCCUCCAGGGACUUGGAAAGUGAGCACUUCCCCCUGGCAACCCAAGCUCUCCCCGUGACUGGGAUGAAGGUGGAGAAAUCUCCUCUCCGGGAAGAAGCCAGGAAGUUCUGGCACCACUUCAUGUUCAGAAAGGGCCCGGCUUCUCAGGGUGUCGUCUUGCCCAUCAAAAGCCAUGAAGUGCACCGGGAGACCUGUAGGACAGUGCCCUUCAGCCAGACCGUCACCCACGAAGACUGUGAGAAAGUGGUCGUCCAAAACAAGCUUUGUUUUGGGAAAUGCCGGUCUGUCCGUCUUCCGGGAGCCGCGCCAGGCUCCCGCUGUGUACCAGCCAAGUUCACCACGCUGCAUUUGCAGCUGAACUGCUCCGGCCCCGCCCCUGUGGCCAAGGUGGUGAUGCAGGUAGAGGAAUGCCAGUGUCAAGUAGGCAAAAGUGACCACAGAAAUGGCAAUUGCAUGUCACCAAUAAUAAGUGGCAUGCCAAGGGGCUGA